UAACUUAUAUAACUCUGCCUGACUGCUAAAAAAAAUAAAAAUAAAUAAAUCCCAGCAGCAGAAGCUUCAGUGGGAGAAGGAUGUGUUCAAACAGAGAACCCAGGGUUUUUAUACUUUUGCUUCACUGGUGGACCUGCUGUUUAUCUCAUGACAUCAUUAGUUCCAGGACAACGCUGAGCCAACAUGUCUCUUUGGUCACAAUGAGGUGUUGUUUCAUAUUUUAUCUGCACAUUUGACACAUAAUGAGUUCUUCUGGAKCAAACAUUUUAACCUGAACCUGAUAAUCUAAUGACCUGUUGAAAUGUUCUGUUCUUUCUUAUCAGUGGKUCCAUCCUGCCUGUGGCUCAUCACUUGGUAUAAAUAAGCCCUGAAGUCAARGACAUGUCAGUUCUUUCCUCUGGUUUGAGAWCUCUGAACUCCAAACUAAAAACCUGCUGUUGGUUCACUGAUGGUCACCCGGAGUCCAGCAACCCCUCGAGGAACAACAAGUGCCUGAAAACCUUGCAGGUGUCUGAACCGAUCAUCCAAAGUGGGGGGUCGAAUCUCCGCAGGCGACGAAAACAUCCUUCACCCGGUGAGACUGCUGCCGUUUGACUGAACGUCACAACAAAAUGACAUCUUCUCUUCUCUUUGCGUUGCUUCUUUGUGGAUUGGGGGUCGGUGCCAAUGCUAACUGUCAUCCUCCAGAACUACUUUCCUGUAAGACCUGCCCUCCUGGAUGGACUUGGUACGGAGGCUACUGUUACCGGUUUGUCGCCACUGAAAGGGACUGGUACGAUUCAGAGCAUUUCUGUAACUCAAUGGGUGCAAGUCUGGAGUCUCUGGAGACACAAGGUGAGAGCACGUUCGUCAAAGAACUGGUCUAUAGAUCAGCAGGAUACAACAAACCGGCCUGGGUUGGAGGUAGUGAUGCUGUGAAGGAGGGUUUUUGGUUUUGGAGCAACGGGACACCGUUCACCUUUAAGGACUGGGGUCCAGGAGAACCAGACAACAAUGGUGGAAAUGAGAACUGCAUGAUGAUCAACACAAACGGCGAUUUUGUCAGCGAUGCUCCGUGUAGCAGAAAGCUUGCUUCUGUUUGUGCCAGAAACCCAUAAACGGUCGCACCGAUGCGUCCGACUCGAUGAUGUCACUUCCAGCAGGUCAAGCCUCGAUGAUGUCACUUCCAGCAGGUCAAGCCUCGAUGAUGUCACUUCCAGCAGGUCAAGCCUCGAUGAUGUCACUUCCGGGAGAUGAUCUGACACAUCUGAUGUCUCAUCCUGUAAAAUAAACGCUUGUUCUCUGCAAACCUUUC